AUCACGAAUGUUUGGCAAUUGACUUCAUAGGACUUGCGGGUAUAUAGAAAUGUGACCCAUUGUAUAUGUCACUUUUGACUGACAAUAUAUACAAAAUGUCUGCAGAUAAUCCACAGAACUUCCAGCUAAACGCACUCGGCGAAUAGGCAAAUGAAACAUUGACACUUAUUUCUAUCGUUGAAUUCUUGAAGUGAUUUUCUGCAAGAUGAGAAGUCGAAAGAUCAUCUCAAGUAGCAUUAUAGCCGCGUGUCAACUGAUGACACCCGCAAGCUGAAUAUUAGUAUUUAAAUAUAGGCUUACUCAUAUUUCGAUUUUGACAAAAGAAGAUAUCAUUGUACUGAAUCGAACUUGGGCGGAUGAAAUAGACUCGCUGUCGCUUCCGCCUUGCACGAACAUAGUGGUACAUGUAUUAAAUUGACUGGAGCAGACAUCAAGACGAUAACAUUAUAACUUGCAAUAACCUAUGUGCAAUAUGCACAGCUCGCUUGACGGUCGUCUACGGGGUUAUAUAUUCAAGUGUAAUAACUGGUGCCAGAGAUGGAUAACACAGUUGUGGUGGUUUUAUUCCUAAGUAUUGCCAUCGUACUCUUAUUACUGGUUCUUUUGAUAUUAGCGAUUUACGUCGCCUUUAUGAAAUGGAAGAAAUAUCAGCGACGACGUUCGGAGAGGGGAGGGGAUGGAGAAUUCCGGAUGUCUCUUAUCAAUACCGUGAAUCCCCACACCCAGUCAAUCACAUCAAUGACUGGUCUACAAACGAUGGCUCGUGAGAAUAUGAAGGCGAUACCUGCCUAUGACCCAGACAUUGAGGAUGAAGAGUUCCAGAAUGGUUCGGAUCCAAUAUGUGGCCCUUGUGUUAGUGACUCGGGUGUCCUAGGAAAAGAUUUGAAAGUGUCUCACGAGCAGCUUGAUUUGAUAACCCCAGAUAGAUGUGGUAGCGGUCGCCUAGAUAGUGAGCUAAUAGAGCUGCUAAAGACGGAUAUGACGGAGAGCACUACUGUAAAGGUCGACAGCAAACUACUAGUAUUCAUAUCGAGAGAGAUCGAUGAUUUAGGUGGAACUCUUGUUUUGGACAAGAUGGGUAUCUCACUUCUAAUUCCACCCUGUGCCAUCCCUCGCGGUAAGAAGCAGAUCAUCCAACUGGCAAGUGACUGGGAACUCAGUGACUACCCACCAAUGACAGACACCCAGACUAUUAUAAGUCCUGUGGUUCACUGUGGUCCACAUGGGCUUAAGCUCUUAAGACCAGCCAUCCUUAGCCUAAUGCAUUGCGGUGAUGAUGUUCAAGACAUCGCGGUGCUGUCCAGCGAGACGCAUUUGACUCAGGACAAACACUGGAAACCAAUCCAGCAUCGGAAGAAAUGUGGCAAGGUUCAAUACGCUCUUCUUGAAAACCAGUGUCAGGUGUACCUAUCUCACUUCUCUCUGUACACCUGUAUCGCACAAGGUUCACAUCCUCGGUUGACCAAGAAGUGGAUUCAGCUUGCCGCUUUCGGAAAGAAGGAGGGAGGACAAUUCCAGGUGUUUAUAUACAUGCUCAACAACACACCAUGUGCUCUGCAAUUUGCAAUCUAUCAACAAUCAAAAUACAAUUGCUCAAUGAUUCGAUGUCCCUUAGAGUUCCUGAUUGAUGAGGAAGGAGGAGACCUCGUCUUUGAUUUGAAACACGUGAGUGAGGGGUGGAAUCCUGUAGGACGCAAGUGGGAGGAGAUCGGCCGCUUUCUUGACAUCUGGCAAGAGAAGUGCAACAACAUUUCCUUCAUAUUCAAACACGAUAAUCCAUCCUGCACAGACCUCAACUUCAAUAUCUGUCUCUUUCAGAAGGACAUGCCUGACGUCAAGCGACACUUCGAAGUUGCCAUGUCGUUUCCAUGUAAGAAUCCAACCUGGAGCACUGCUGAGAGUCAAUCACACGCCACCACCAAUCUAACUGUGCAUGUUACACAAGCAGUGCCUUCUAUAGUCACCAACGGACUCGAGCGUAGUCUUUCAUCGACGCCAUCAGAGACGGCCUUUACCAAGUCGACGGUGCAUGGGGGAGAUCGCCGUCAUGAUGACCCCGUGAUCAAUGACAAGAGCACCACCGCUAAUGUUCACGAUAAUGAUCUCUCGUUUGACAGAGGCGGUACUGAUGAUGAUGAAGUAGCUGACACUAUGUUAAUGACCAGCUCACAUUCUAAAUCGACGAACACAACAAACAUCAAUAUUCACACAGAGAUGAUAGUGCAACCUCCUCCUGAUUUACCUGAUAACUUUGAUCUCCUGCAAGACGACCUUCCUGCCGCUGUCUUCCCUCUUCGGCUCCGGUCGAAGCUCAUGGCCUUGCUGGACCCUCCCAGUUCCCUCACAUCCUCGGUCAAUGACUGGCGUGUUCUGGCUGAAAGUCUCAAUCUAGAUUCCUUGGUGAGUCUGAUUCGUAUGAAGCCAAGUCCUACUGAGGAAUUGUUGGACGUCGCAGCGCAGAAAGGAAAGGACUGUCGAUGGCUCUAUGGAGUACUUCGUGACGCAGAACGGUACGACGCGGUGGACGAGGUAGCGAAGUACCUGGGUGAUGGUAUCGAAUCGUUGAGACUAAACACUCAUGUGGAGGAAGAUUAGUAUGAAUGCUGAUGAGGUUUUUUGUGGUUUAACAAACUUAUAAUUAUUAUAAUGCAGGACAUGCAGAGUUACUAAUAUGUUAUGCUAAUAUAACAUAUAGCUUUCUGCAUAAAUACUUUGAAAAGGACGAAAUUAAAAGUUUUCAACGUUUUAUACGAUAUGCCAUAGUUUUAGAUCGACCCUAUUUCUGAUAUGCUAUCUCAUUGAAGAGAUAUGGAAUAGUGUGUAUGGCCGAUCUCUUUGACGUAAAGGGUGAUGCCAGCGUACACCCAAGAUAGGGAUAUCCCAGUAAACCGGCAGCCCAAGGACCGAUGGCGCACGGGGCCGGCAGCCCUAGAGACCGAUGGUGCCCGGUGCCGACAGCCCUAGAGACCGAUGGCGCACGGGGCCGACAGCCCUAGAGACCGAUGGCGCACGGGACCAACAGCCUGUCGGUCUUGUGAACUCUCUCAAUAAAGCUAUGUGAAUGUCUCGUGGACCUCGUCGGUUUCCUGGACCUGCUCCUGACAACUUUUCAGAAGUUCUGCUGAACCGACAUUGCCGAUUCGUUAGUUAUU